AUCUUCCCUCUUCCUUCUUCACUCUUUAAUCUGUUGCUAUCUCUUUCUCUCUGCACAACGGAUAAGCCUUAGGAAAACUAACAUUUCUCCUCCCCCCAAAUUCCAAACAAACAACAAUGGCAACUACAACAAUGGCAACUUCAUCCUCUCUUUCUCUCUCCUUCUUCUCUUCCUCUCUUUUCUCCUCAAAAUCCCACCAAUUCUCUCUCAAACCCACCCUCAAACUCCCUCUCUCCAAAACCCCACAACUUUCUCUCUCCACCAAAUCCCAACUCACCACUCUCCCAAUCCUCAACUUUUCCGGCGAAAAAACCGGCGAAACUUCCCUCAACCUCAAAACCGCCCCACCCGAAACGGCCCGUGCCGUAGUCCACCGGGCCCUAAUAACCCACAUGCAGAACAAGCGUCGCGGCACCGCCUCCACCCUCACCCGGGCCGAGGUCCGCGGCGGUGGGCGCAAGCCCUACCCACAAAAGAAAACGGGCCGGGCCCGUCGUGGGUCUCAGCGGUCACCACUACGGCCCGGUGGUGGUGUGGUGUUUGGGCCUAAGCCCAGAGAUUGGACCAUAAAGAUGAACAAGAAGGAAAAGAGGCUUGCUUUGUCUACUGCCAUUGCUAGUGCUCUGGGAAAUGCGUUUGUUGUGGAGGAUUUUGGGGAGAAUUUUGAGGAGAAGCCUAAGACUAAGGAGUUCAUUGAUGCAAUGCUUAGAUGGGGGCUUUCGCCGUCGGAAAAAUCGAUGUUUUUUAUGACGGAAUUGGAGGAGAAUGUGGAGAAAUCUGGGAGGAAUAUUAGGACAUUGAAGAUGUUAACUCCUAGGAGUUUGAAUUUGUAUGAUGUUUUAGGGGCUGAGAAGUUGGUUUUUACUUUAGGAGCUGUUGAUUAUUUGAAUAACAGGUAUGGGGUUCAAUCUUUUGAUGAUGAUGAUGAUGAUGAUCAAGAGGAUCAACUCCAAGAAGAUGGAGAAGAGGAAGACGGCGUUACCGAAGAAACCGAAGAGUAGACAAGCAGGCUGAGACUUUUAGCUGGGAGGAACAUUAACAGUAAGGAGCUCAGUAAACCCUGACUUAAUACAUGUUGCAAGUGCGAAGAUUUUGGUAUACACGUUGUAUUUGAUUGAUGGGUUUAUUCCAUGAAAUAUUCAUUGAUUGUAUAAUCCUUUUGUAGUGGAGAAAUAUGUAUGUUUUGCUUGUUCAUAUCAACGAGUUGUAAGAGUUCCUUAUAUUGUAAAAAACAAUGUUCAUCCAUUUGUAAUGGAGGAAUAUGUAUGUUUUGUUUUUCCUUGCUUGUUGAAUAGUAAGAAUUUCAUACA